AGGAAGCUAAACCGAUGAAGAGAGGCUAGUUGGCUUGACUUGAUUAAAUCUGAAUUUUAUCCAAUUAAUAUCGCUGUUUAUUUACUUGUAAAAUAACUCAGUGGUUAAACGUUUUUUUUGUUAUCUUAAACACGUGUGUAGCUUGGACGGACUGUUGUUGUCAAGCAGGAAUCAUCUAAAAUAAGCGGAGACAUCCAGUGAAUGCCAAGACCGCGAAAGAGAAACAAUGAUGGUGUUUGAGCUGCCAACCCACUGAGAUCUCCGAGAGAAGACAUCUGAUGAAAACUUACUGUAACAUUACAGAUUCCGGCAUGGAAGACAAAGCAAAUGGCUCUGUUGACACCAAAAGCCCAGUGGAAAACGGUCAGCUGCCGGACCCCGCCAACUGGGGUGUCGCAGACGUCGUCAAUUACUUCAAAGCAACGGGGUUCGAGGAGCAAGCCACGGCUUUCCAGGAUCAGGAAAUCGAUGGCAAGUCCCUGCUCCUGAUGACUCGUAACGACGUGCUGACCGGGCUGUCGAUAAAGCUCGGCCCUGCGCUGAAAAUCUAUGAGUAUCAUGUGAAGCCGCUGCAGACUCAACACCUGAAGACUAAUGCCUCGUAGCACCGCAGACCAUCAGUACACCCACCUCAAUGACAAUCAUCGUGUCAGGAGACCCGAGGUUAGCUUCACAAAGACUCCUCCGGCCAAAGUGGCACCUUAACAGGAUUUGAAUGCUGUAUGUUUUUAUAAGCGUGGACCCCAAAAAUGGGUUGCACAUGGAGUCCACUCAGCUGUUUACCUUUUCAGCCAUUCUUAUUUCUGCUGCUUGAGAUAUGUAUUUUUAUUUUUUAUUUUGUUGUGUGUGUGUUUUAUUUAAAAGAUAGAAAUCUGGGGAGAAUAUGAUUUGUGUGUGUGUGUGUGUGUGUGUGCGUGUGUUUGUGCGUGUGUGUUAAGUGAAAUAACAUACGUUGGUUUAAAAAAGAAUAAAAAAAAGUAUUUGUAUAUAAGAUUAUAUAUAGUUGAAAGUUGUAUAUGUUCUGUUGUACCUGAACACUUUGAUACACGCAGAAAAUUAUUCUGCUGCAUCCCAUUUUUCCCUAAAGUCAGUUUCUAUCUAACUCGGAAUUCCCCGAGUCGUCCUUAGCAUGUAAAAAUGAAGCAUUUUGUUUUCCCAGACACAAGGAGCUGACCGUUCCUGCACACCUGUGUUAUCUAGGCUCAAAGCUCUUGAUAUAAAAACUAUUUAUGUGUAUAUUCUUCUUAUGUUUCUACCUGUGGUGCUUUCAGAUUUGUCGCAAAGACAACUGUAUUGAAGUGUGUAUGACCAAUGUAUAUGUGCAGCAUUACACUGGAGUUUGAAUAUCUGAAUCAAAGAUUUGCAAUAAAUGGUGCUCUUUUCUCACCAAAGAACAA